CCUUUCCCACCUCCCUGUGGUAAACGCACACUAACGCGCACUAGUGCGCAUCCACCGAACACUUUUCUCUGUGUACUUGGGAAAUAUACAACGGGGCAAGUGAUCGGACUGGAUUUGCUGCUGCGACUUGAAAAGAUGAAUCAAAUUGUGCGUCUUCGCCUGCGCCGCUGAUUCUCCACUUCUCCUGCUCUCCACACUUCGAGCUCUCCUUCUCCGGGAGCUGUUUGCGCGUCCUAUAUUUUUUUUGGGGAGGUGUCGACUGGUGCGAUCCCAAUUUGGAUGUUUAUUGCUGACUAUCCUGUUCCUGAACCCCUCGCCCAAAUGACUGAGCUCGGGUGCAGCCGGAGCCGCGUCUCCCCACUCGGGAAGACCUACGGGUAAAGUUUGAAGGGUGCCGGGGUGCUUGAGCCUGUCCGUCUCCCACCGUGCACUGGAUUUGCAAUCACCCACAACAUUGCAAUAAACGUCGGAUACCCUUUCUGUCUCUGCGCACACGCUGGGAUUCAGUCGCCUUGGAUUUUACAGCUUCUGGAUUUUCACCCCCAUCUAAAUCAUGAAGACCGUUAUCAUUGAUGGGGGGAGACUACUGUUUCUGGUGAUGUGGCUGCACCUUGUGCCUCAAACUGACAGCUGCCCUGCCAAGUGUGUUUGCUACAGUGAGCCCAGGCCCACAGUGGCCUGCCAGCAACAAGGACUGUUUUCCAUCCCCACUGAGAUCCCCGUGCGGAGCCAGCGGAUAUUCCUCCAGACCAACAAGCUAACGGUGGUGCGGUCCACCAGCUUCAGCUCUUGCCACAAUCUCACUGUCCUCUGGAUGUACUCCAACAACAUCAGCUACAUCGAGGCAGGGGCCUUCUUUGGCCUGGAAAGACUGGAGGAACUGGACAUAGGAGACAACAGCAACCUCCGCAUCAUCAGCCCUACGGCCUUUCGGGGCUUAACUAAGCUGCACACCCUCCACCUGCACAGGUGUGGCCUGUCAGAGCUCCCUAUUGGGGUUUUCCGAGGAAUGUUCUCCCUACAGUACCUUUACCUGCAGGAUAAUAACAUUCUUACCCUGCAUGAUGACACUUUUCUGGACCUUGCCAACCUCACUUAUCUCUACCUGCACAAUAACAAGAUCAAGAUAGUAACGGACAACAUGUUACGAGGCUUAAUCAAUCUGGAUAGGCUACUGCUACAUGAGAAUCGGGUUAUCUUUGUACAACCCAGGGCUUUUACUGAUCUGGGUAAGCUGAAAUCCCUGUUCUUGUUUUUUAACAAUCUUACCAUCCUGUCAGGGGAGACCAUGGACCCGCUGGUGUCCCUCCAGUAUUUGCGUUUAAAUGGGAACCAGUGGAUCUGCGACUGCCGGGCGAGGACCUUGUGGGACUGGUUCAAGCGUUUCAAAGGUUCCAGCUCUGAGUUGGAGUGCAACGUUCCCGAAUUCCUGGCAGGAAAAGACUUGAAACGUCUGAAAAGUGAGGACUUGGAGGGGUGUGUGGAAAUGCCUCAAAUCCAGACCAGUCUCUUCAGCUCCAAGGCACAGUCUGGGAAAUUCCCCUCCACUGAAAAUCCUCUGGGAGAAACCAUUCCCAGGUGUUGUCUCGGAGAUAACGACAAGUCCUCUAUCCUGUCUGGCAAGAGCCGCCAAAUCACUAACAACCCCCUGAAGGAAAAGGAGAACAUGUCCAAGACUAAAUAUAAAGACCCAGAACGAACAAAAAAUGAGACCCAGAACAAGCAGAAUGAUGGUCCGCUGGGAACCUUGUCCAACACCCUGGACGAGUCCUUGGAAAAUCUAAGCCCAGACCUCAUAGACAAUACGGAAUCAUCCACAGCGUCAAAUAAAAAGAAAAAGAAGUGUUCCAAAAAGCCAAAGUCAGACACCCACUGCAUCAAAGGCCGGGGCGCCACUUUACAAGUUCUUCACUUUCUCUUCAUUCCCGCGAUCUGGAUAUCUCUAGCCAUGUCUUAGGACUCCCGAUCUCACUCUGAAUACAGGACUCAAGAUUGUUGAUGCUCAUGACAAUGAUACAAAAGAUGCAGUGACAUCUACAACAGGCAGUGACUGAAAAGCAAGGAGUCUCGAUGGCCCCGUCGCGGGUGAGGACAAACAAAUAACGAAGACGCUAGAGUACAUUUAACAAAAUGGAUGCCUUUACAGAACACUUACAGAUCCAAUGUAUAUAAUGAAUUGGUGCCCAAAAUUGUUUGUUCUCUAUGUACUUUACUGUACUGUGUCUAAGCUACACUUUUUCGGAGACUCCUCCCUUUCUCCCUCCCAAAAGCUUUUGCUGCUUAGACAGAACACCGGACGACGAAAAGAGGAAAAAAAAAUAAAGACAAAAACGAAACAAAAAAAAAAUACAGAUAUAGGAAAACAGAGCGCACACAAAGAAUGUUGGGUCGGUUUAAUGAACAUAAACGAUCUCCCCCCCCAUUAUUUAUUCAAAGUGAUGCAUUUGUUGGGUAAUGUUAUGUUUUUUAUGUUUAUAAAAACAAAUGUUUUACCUCCCCCCAGUUUCAGUUCUAUUUUCAUGACAGAAAGGGUAUAUGGGGAGCAUUUACUGAAUUAAAUGCUGUUGGUUUGUUUAUGGAGAUUGCAAAGGAACCAUAGAUAUGCAUUUUAUUUUACUUGUGUACAAGUAUGAAUAUAUUAUGAAUAAAAGUUCUUAUUUCGUA